CAUUUGGCCAUAUCUUCUGUAAUUUGUUUUGCUUCUGAGGAUAACGCCUCCUUAAUUUUCAACAACUCUGUUUGUUGUAGGAUAUCGUAUUGAGGGGAAAUAAGAUAUAAAAUGGACCCUCCUGACACGUUUAAUGACCAAGGAAGUUCCGCUAAAGCGAUUGAACUCCGUUGUCAUAUGAAAGGAUGUGGACUACUUCUUAAAGGCGGAGUUGAUAGAUUAGAUGAGCUAAAAUAUCAUUAUAGAAAUGUACAUCAACUCAACACAAGCUCUAAAAACGUCCUGCCAUUCAUGUGCAGUAUAUGUAACGGAACAUACCUCAAGUUUUAUCAUCUUAAAGCUCAUAUUCUAAAAUGUCAUUUAGAAUAUAAUCAAGAAACUGUAGAAGAUUCGCAUUCAUCUGCAUCCCUCAGGUCAAAUGAAAUGGACACAGAAUAUGCAGCGGAUAAUAAUGUUUCCGAUUUUCACUUAAUAACCAAUCCUUUCUUCUUCGAACCACCUGUAACUUUGGAACAAGUAUCUCUUGAAAUGUUGAAUCAAAUUACAAAAAUGCAUUGUGAUGUCUCUCUACCUGAGAGUAAGAUUAAGGUUUUUAUCGAAGGUUGGACAACUUUACUAAAAUGGUGUCAACAGUACACGGUGACCAUCGUUAAAAAAUUCGUGGAGGCAAAAGGACUUUUAUACGAAGAUUCAAUGGUUAUACAAAUGUUCAAUGAUUUGUUAGUUCCCAAUGUAUACAAUGAUGUCAAAACAAUUGAUGAUAAUCUUUCUUAUCUGGCAAUGCAAGCUAAAUGCAUGGUUCCAACACCACGAGAAAUAAUAAUUGCGAAACGGAGAAAAAUUAAACAUGUUUUUACAGGUUCAAAAUUUCAGUCUCGAAAGCAGAAUUAUAAACAAAAGGUAAAAAUUGAAAAAGAUGUUGCUCACUACAUACCUUUGAUAGAUACUUUACGAUUGAUAAUAAGUAAUCCAGAAGCCAGGAAUAUGAUAUGUACGGAAGAUUCUGGAAAUAAUGACAUGAUUUGUUCUUAUAAAGAUAGUGCACAGUAUCAAAAACAUCAAUUUUUGCAAAGAUUCCCAUACGCUCUUCGUCUUUCAAUACACAUUGAUGACGUAGAAUAUUUAAACCCUCUUGGAUCGCGAAAAGGGAAGAAAAAAUUGACAAACAUUUCAUUCAAGAUACAAAAUUUACUUCCUGCUAUCAACUCUGGCUUAUCACGUACUUACUUGACGUUUAUGGUUCGUUCAACAUUACUCAAAAAGUAUGGAUUUAAACAGAUUUUAGAGCCCUUGAUCAUUGGUAACUGUUCUUGGUGAUACACUUGCAGUGCACGAAAUUUUUGGUUUAAUGGGACCACAAGCGAAAUACUUUUGUCGCCAAUGCUAUAUUACACGCGAUCAACUUGAACAAGGACAGUUUGGAGAAGUUGCUCCAUAUAAAACAGAAGGCAGUGUUAGACUAGAUUUAUUGGACAUCGCACAGAAGAUUAAAACUCCUAAGGAUGGUGGAAUCAUUGAAGAAUGUGUACUAAACAGUCUUUCCUACUUCAACAGUAUGAACAAUUACACUUUCGAUCCUAUGCAUGAUUUGUUGGAAGGAGUAGUAUCUCUGGUAUUGAAGUUGGUGCUAAAUGAUGCUGUUAAUGUGAAAAAAAUAAUUAAUCCACAAGACAUAAACGAUCGGAUUGAAUCUUUUGCAUACGGUCCAACCGAAAAGUCAAACAAGCCAUCUAGCAACUUUUCAGUUAAAAUUCUGAAAGCAAAAGGUAACACAUUGAGUCAAUCUGCUUCUAAGAUUUGUCUUCUGUUGCGAAUAUUCCCCUUUGCGUUCAAUGAUGUUUUGAGUGAGUGUAAAGGUUAUUCUAAAUUGGUUGGCCUACUCUUGAAGAUAACAUUCAUUUCGUUCUCCAACAAAGUUCCUAAAAGUAUGAUAGCCGAACUAAAAACGACAAUCGCUGAGUUUCAUAGCUUAUUCCUUUUAUGUUUCCCACAUGUACAUCCAAUCAAUAAAAUUCAUCAUUUGUCACAUUAUCCCAGGAUCCUUGAAGAAAAUCAACCGAUUGGAAAUUGUAGUUGUAUGACAUUUGAAGCUAAAUUUAAAAUUUCGAAAGGGCAAGCUAAAAAUUGUAACAAUUUUAUUAAUUUUACUCAUAGUUUGUCAAAACG